CGAACAGAACAGAGUCGCACGAAAACAGUUGAGGCUUCCGACAUUCUGAGCCCUAUACUCGGCCUCCAAGCCUCCCCUUGCCCCCGAGAAAUUUUUCAGAAGCAGAUGAUGGGGAUAGGACUUUGUGCGCAACUGCCGUUGUAAUUGUUUCUAUCCGUUGUUAUCGAGGAAGCUCCGAGGGUUCUUUUUUUUCGAUUGUUUAGGUGGCCGUGCGGUGCCGAGUUUAGGCAGAGAGGCAAGCUGAGUUUCUUGGGAUUCGUUGGCUUCAUUGGGUUUGGUGGUUUUGUUGAAACUCUACCUCUACGCCGCAGCGUAAGUGCGCCAUCGGUGACAGGAUGUGCGUUGUUGCAGUGAGAUCGUUGCGCGUGCACUGUCCGGCUGUGGUUUCUCUGCCUCUGGAAUCCUGGAAGGUGAACAAGAAUCUCUGCCAUUUUCUUCCAUCUCCAGACAAGCAUCGUGUAGGAAGCAGGUUGAAAAUCAGUCAAGUACCUAAUGCAAAUUUAGACAGGUGGGAUAGUCCGCACAACAGAAGGCUACCACCAUGCCGGGCACAUUUUGAUGAGGAGCAGCUAUCGAGAUCCAAUUACCCAAACAAUGCAGAGGGUUUUCCGGGUGAGGAGAAGGAGAGUUUCCUCGAGCGGUUGGCGCGUGCAUGGGCUAUUCUUUUCCCAGCCAAGUCAAAUCCUUCCUCAAAUGCGUCUAUUGCUAAACAGAGACUUAAAAUGAUUCUCAUCUCAGAUAGAUGCUCUGUGAAUGACGACGCCAAGAGGAGGAUUGUGACGAACAUUGUUGGGGCUCUUUCUGAUUUUGUGGAGAUCGAAUCUGAGGACAAAGUGCAGCUAAAUGUCUCCUCGGAUCCUGAUUUGGGCACAGUUUACUCUGUGACAGUGCCUGUAAGGAGGGUGAGACCUCAAUAUCAGGAGUUCAGUCAUGAGCUUGUAAAUACCGAACUCAGGACGUUCGACUAUGAGGAAGUGGAAGGCAAUUUUCGCAUGGUAGACAUUCGUUUUGAACACCCAGAUGUUUUUCAUCAGGAUGUGGUUCCUGAUGGCUUCCAGGAUAAUUCGGAUGUACAGGAAAGUGAAGAUGGUUCAGCGCCGAAUGUCUGAUUCCUAGCUAUGUCUCUUUGGAUAGUGCGUACAUUAUACAUCUGGUGGCAUAUUGUGUUGUAAACACACAGAGCGUCUAAUUACAUCGACACAUGAGCAACAGCUUUUAGAUUUGGGUUUGCUUCCAGGAAGAUAUGAUUGCAGAUAUGUAACAAGUUGCGAGAUUUGAAGCAGUCUCAGAACAUCUCACUAUGUGGACUGCCGGGAGACCAAGUGUAGCACAGAGCCCUUUGGUUUAGACCAUGAGAUCAUGCAGAGGUUGUACAUCUACUCGUCGUAAGAGCUUAGCUGUGGAUGGUAAUCUUCUCUGUUUUUUACUUUCCUACGGACACCCAAUUGAACAAUUUCAUGUAGAGACUGACGUCUUUCGCUGCUGGAAGCUUUCAGUGCUUCCUAAGUACUAAUUCAACAGUGUGACCUGGACCGUAGUACCAGACGUCCACAGUUUUGUUACAUUGAGCUUUGAAUAGUUGAAUUUGAUAUGGAACUCA